UCGAUUGUGUGUAUUACAAUCGAAAAGCACAACGUUGAUUUGGAUAAUGUCCUUAAUGUGUAUGUUUUGUUGAACGUGUAAUGAUGUAAUUUUUGCAGCUGUUGGUAAAGUACAUUUUAACUUAACAGCAAUGUAUGUGGCAUCUGAAGAUAAAAUUGAAGCGAUAGGACAGGUACUUAAUGACAAAAGCAGGCCUCUGAAAGAGAGGUUUCGAGCUUUAUUUACUCUUCGAAAUCUUGGCGGUGCUGCAGCAAUUCAGUGUAUCGAGCAAUGUUUUAGUGACCCAUCAGCAUUAUUGAAGCAUGAACUUGCAUACUGUCUCGGCCAGAUGCAAGAUUUUAUGGCCGUACCUGUGUUGAAACGUAUCUUGAGCGACAGAAAUCAAGAACCAAUGGUUAGGCAUGAAGCAGGUGAGGCAUUAGGAGCAAUUGCAUCUCCAGAUGUUAAGGAAAUUCUAGAAGAGUAUGCUGAUGACUCUGUAAUAGAAGUUGCAGAAACAUGUCAGCUGGCUUUGGAUAGAAUCAAAUGGCUAGCUGAGUUGCCCAAAUCAGAAAAGUUGUCUGAGAGUCCGUAUGCCUCCGUAGAUCCUGCACCUCCUUCAGAGGAAACUGACGUGACUGUGCUGAAGCAGAUGUUGCAGGACGAAAAUCUAAAUUUAUUUAAUAGAUACAGAGCCAUGUUUGCUUUGAGAAAUUUAAAUACACCGGAGAGUAUUCUGGCACUUGGUGAAGGUUUGAAAACUGGUAGUGCAUUAUUCCGCCAUGAAGUGGGUUUUGUAUUGGGACAACUCCAACAAGAUGCAGGCAUCCCGUAUCUCCAGGCAUCACUGGAAGACCAUUCAGAGAAUGAGAUGGUGCGUCAUGAAUGUGCUGAAGCUUUGGGAGCCAUUGGAUCUCCUGUAUGUUUUGAUAUUUUAAGGAAGUACCUUGAUGACGAUAAACAAGUGGUAAGAGAAAGCUGUGAAAUAGCAUUGGACAUGUGUGAAUAUGAAAAUAGCCCUGAAUUUCAGUAUGCAGACACUUUACUUAAAGUGUAGGGUUGAAAAUAUUUUUUCUGUUCAAAACCAUAUCAAUUUCUGUUUGCCGUGUUUUCAGGUUUUAUAACCAUACAAAACUGGCAAAAUAUAUUUUUUACUGAUCGUCGGUAUGUAGUAAAGUAGGUGACAUUAUAACUUAUGAUCUUAUUUUACCAUGAACUAAUUUUCUGUUUGCUAUUGUUCCAGACACAUUUGUAUUUACUUUGAAACUAAAUCUUAUACUGGCCUUUAA